ACUGCAAUGGCUCUAAGGUAAAAGUAACUAGCCAGCUGACUUAGCUGUAGGACAUGGGAAACUUUAGACGUCGUAAUUUAUUAUUUAACUGCAAGCCAUUUGCUUGUAAGAUAGCUUUCACAUAGUGUGAAACCGUUACUAUGCCAAAGACCACAUGAAAAUCACUCGUUACCGCUAUAUUUGGAUUGUUUUAAUCAUAUCGUUGGCUAACUUGAAACGUAGCUAGAUUAGCUAGCAGCUAGCUGUUUCGCGGGUUGUCCAAAAGCAGAAACAUAAAUCAGCAAAGACAGGUUUGUUAGUCGUGUCGGAGUUAACGGUGAUAUAAUCAUCAUGGCUGGUGGCAUUACAGAGACGGGAGAACCAUACUCACCGUUUGUUGGCUUGGUGUACAUGUUCAACUUGAUUGUGGGUACUGGUGCUCUGACCAUGCCCAAGGCCUUUUCCACAGCUGGGUGGGUAGUCAGUCUGGCACUCAUCUCCUUUUUAGCUUUUAUGAGUUACAUGACGACAACAUUUGUGAUUGAGGCCAUGGCUGCGGCCAAUGCCUUGCUACACUGGAAAAGGAGAGAACAGGAAGAGAUCAAAGACAGUGAUUCUAGCUCUGAUUAUUCAGAUGAUGAGGUUAUCAUCCGGGGACGGUCAGAGCAAGUUGAGACUCGACCAAUUCUUUCUGUCCGGCCCACUUUAGUGGACUACUUUGACAUUAUGGAAAGAGUUGAGAUGGGACAAAUGGCGUCCAUGUUUUUCAAUAAAGUUGGUGUCAAUAUGUUCUACAUAUGCAUCAUUGUAUACCUGUAUGGAGACCUGGCAAUCUAUGCUGCUGCUGUGCCCAUGUCAUUGAUGGAAGUGGCCUGCGGGAAUCACUCCUGCAACACUGGAAGUUUGAAGUGCAAUGACACAGAGUCAUGCUGGGGGCCUGUGAAACGGAAAGAUGCUUACAGAGUCUUUCUGGCGAUCUUCACACUGCUUUUGGGACCUUUUACAUUCUUCAAUGCACAGAAGACCAAAUACCUUCAGAUCCUCACCUCACUUAUGAGAUGGAUUGCUUUUAGCAUGAUGAUUAUCCUGGCGCUGAUCCGCAUUGGCAAGGGACACGGCAAGGGCCACCCUCAAGUUGCGCAGCUCACUGGAAUACCAAAUCUCUUUGGGGUGUGUGUGUAUUCCUUCAUGUGCCAGCAUUCCCUGCCAUCCCUGAUCACACCGAUCUCAGACAAACGGAGGGUGGGAGCCUUGCUGAUAGUUGACUAUGUUCUCAUUCUUGGCUUCUACACCCUGCUGUCCUUCACGGCCAUCUUCUGUUUUGACAGCUCACUGCUGCGAGACAUGUACACACUAAACUUCACUGAUAACUGUGACGUGCUGGGCUUGGCUACCCUCCGCUACUUCCUGGGGCUCUUCCCCGUGUUCACCAUCAGCACCAACUUCCCAAUUAUAACAGUCACACUACGCAACAACUGGAAGACGCUCUUCCACCGGGACGGAGGCACUUACCCAUGGGUGGUGGACCGCAUUGUGUUCCCCCUUAUAACCCUGGUGCCGCCCAUCAUCGUGGCAUUUUGUACACAUGACCUGGAGGCACUUGUGGGCAUCACCGGCGCCUACGCGGGCACAGGAAUUCAAUACAUCAUUCCGGCCACCUUGGUGUACUUUAGUCGCCGUCACCUGGAGCCUGUGUUCGGAAGGGGCGUUGUGAACAAGCACAGGUCUCCCUUCUUUCAUACAUUCUGGGUAGCAUUUGUGGUGCUUUGGGCAACUUUCUGCCUGAUGUUUGUCACAGCUAAUAUCAUUCUAACAGCAGAAAGCAAGAACUGAAUGCAUAUUAGUAUUUUUUUUCUUUUUUCCCUUAUUUUAAUUAUGAAAGUCUUUGGCACACAUGUAGAUGGUAUUUUACAUUUUGGGUAGCAAUUCAACAUUUAGAUUUGGUUUAACUAGGUUAAAUGUAAAAGGGACCUUUUUUGUUUGGCAAUUUAAGUUAAUCUAAAUCUAAAGUUCUUAAAUAUUUUUUCAGACUGUAGAUUAAAUUUCUACUUCAGAACGUCAUCUAGUGGCAGUUAAUUUGCACUAUAUUGCUUACAGCUUUUUAACAGACAGCAGCCAGGCUUUUUUCUGAUUUGUUUUCAUCAAAUCUUUAUUACUUGCCUUUUCCUCUUUCACGUAGUUCUGCAAGACGAGUUAAAAUCAGGAGAACCUAGUGGCAUAUUGUUAUCAUUCUUCAAAUCCUGAAGUGAACUAAUGGAUAUGUGACUUUAUCCCAGAGGGGAAUUCACUAAAAUGACCAAAUAUGCUCAUUCCAUUCAUGGUCGUACUCAGAAAACACAUUCACAAUGGGUCUCUCUCUUUAUUUCUUUAUUUCUCUUUCUUAAAAUUCAUAGCAGUUAUAGCAUGCAUGUAAUAAUUACACUGUCUUUUAUUACGUAAAGCAUAGUAUUUCAAUCACAGACAUUUUAUUCAUCCCUCUCUUCCUUCUCUUCCUCCCUUUUUAUUACCAAAACUAAAUGUCCACUUCAGUGUAGCCCAUGAGCUGAGAACAGAGCAAAGCAAUUCAGGGAUAAUCACUUUCACAUCUGCCGUUUUCAAUAUUACUAACUGACUGCCUCCUCACGUGAGUUAACCAUUGAGUGAGGAGGUCGUGGGUCCUACUGCAUCAUGGGUCAGGUUACUCUGAAUAUGUGUAUCGUAAUAUAUUGUAGCUUCUAAUCCAGCCUUGAAUUAUGAGCUUUGUGAUUCAACGGCCUUCCCCACUUGUAAUUCAGGUUUCAGAUCCACCAUUAAUCAGUUACAAAUCUUAUGCAGGCUUUUCGGUCAUAGUCUCCACUGUCAGAUCAGAUUGAUGCACCCCUUCUCUUCAUAAUUCUUUCAUGUGGUGGUGUCAGCGCUUGUCAUUUGAUCGUCAGCAACACAUUUGAUACUGUAAAUUGACUGCUGCUCUCUGUGAGAGUGUGCGCUCCUGAUCAAAGAAGAAAGGAAGGAAGUCUCAAAACCAUGACUGCUGUCAUGUGUGGCAUGGCACUAGUGCUCGAGUUUUGCACACAUUACCUUGGGCUUGUUCAAGCUGCAUAAGAUUAUUUUGGAUAAGAUGCCUCUACACUCUCCUGGUAAUGUUUACAGCAUGUGUGUGUGUGUGUGUGUGUGUGUGUGAGAGAGAGAGAGAGAGAGAGAGAGAGAGAGAGAGAGAGAGAGAGAGAGACAGACAGACAGACAGACACACACGUGUGUACACGUGGCCUGUAGCACAAAUACCAAGUCAUCUUUGAAGGACAGUAUGAGACUGUAGUUCAUGGCUCAGAAGUUAACAUGAAUAUUACAUCUCAUUUUCAGUAAAUUUGUAGUGAACAUCAUUAUUCACUGAAUUAGUGUAGUUCCAACUUCCUUUUAUUUAAGCCAUGAAUGUUUCUUCAGUUCUUUAUGGUUUAUUUUGAACAAAUGUAUUAUGUUGUUGAAGUAUAAACUAUGAAUGAUAGAAGUGAAGAAAAUGUGCCUUUCUCCCAGGGUUCAUCUUACCUUUACAUGUGUGACAUGUAUUUUGUGUCUGUGCAGCCUGUCAAUCUCUGCAUGUAAGUUAUUUUAUAUAUUGACAAUCAAUGUCUUGUGAUAUCAAAUACAGGAAUACUUUUUAAAUGUGA